GCCAGUGUUGCCGGUUGUCUGGGGCGGAGUGUUGCUACACCUCUGUCCGCCCCAAGCGUCACGACCUAACCUAAAAAAUCUUCUGUGUAUAAACAAAACCACAUUUUUAUAUUAUUUGUCCUCAUUUUCGCAGAUAAAAUAAGUUAUUUGAAAAUGGCAAAUACACUAUUUACAGUGCUAAGGAAAUCUGUUUCCAUACACUACCUAGCUCGAAACAAUAAUUUAGGCCUGGCUGCUCUAUAUGCACAAGAUAUUCGACAGCUGUUUGUUAAGACAGCUAUGGGGCUGGAUACAUUUGAACAGCAAAGAGAAAAAGUAAAAGCUCAAAUGACUAAUAUAAGUGACAAAUUUAAAGAGAAAAUGGCUGAGAUUGUGACUUCAGAUUCUCCAAAUAUGGUCUUCACUGAAGAUCUUAAAAAUAUGGUGCAUUUGGCAGAUGAUGAUAAAGAUAUUGAAUUAUCAAUUAAAAUGUUAAAAAAAUAUAACAAGCAAAAUAAGUCACUUAGGUUUGGAAACUAUAUCUUUGGACCAGUUGUUAUGAGAAUGCUUUAUAUUCAUAAUAAAGCAGAUUUAGCUCUAGAAUCUUUUAAAUCGCCAGAUCUUUCCCGCAUGUUCGACCAAUAUAUUAGUUAUCAAUUACUCUUAGAUUUAUUGUAUGAAAACCAGAGAUACAAAGAUAUUCUAGAUGUUUUUGAAAAUAUAAAAGAAACACAAUUGGAUGGUCAACAGUACCCAAAGAAUAGUUUAGUACUAGUUCUAGCUGCUUGUUAUAAAAUGAACAACCAGGAAGCUCUUGACUAUGCCUUAAAUCUGUGGGUUGAACUAAAUAAAGUAGGCCAUAAUCCUAUGAGAAGAGCAACUACUUUUUGUGCAGGACUUGCUUUAAAUCAAAAGAAACCGGAUGUUGCCCUAGAAAUAUUGCAAUCUGCCAAAAAUCAAAACUAUACCACAGUUAGGAACCUAAAGGUUGCUUGUUUGGCUGAUAUUGGGAGAAUUUACGAUAUCAUUCCCAUUCUCAAGGAAGUUCUGAAUGAGGACGUCCUUCCUGCUCAAAAACAAACUAGUACAUUCAACAGGGAUGUGUUAGACUUAGUGGAAAAGGCAUUACAGAAAACUGAUAAUUCUGAGUUAACAGUAGAAUUUACCAGACUGGUGCAACAAUUGGAAAAAUUAGGACAUAUAUCGGAUACGCCCCUAGAGAAUCAACUCUGCAGUGAAAUCCAGAAGCCACCAAUCAACAGGAGUCAAGGUUAUCAACAGUAUGAACAGAACUUCCAAUAUAGAAGUCAAGAUCAGAGCCUUAAUAGAAAUUAUGAGCCAAGAAGGCAACCAAAAUACCAGAGGCAGAAACUCCACAGACCAGGACUUACCGAUUUAGUAUAAAUUUGAAACAAGUUUAGGUCAUUUCUUAAAUUACAUUAAACAAAAAAUUGUCCAUUAACCUUUAAUCUCAAGUGCAAAUGUGUUGAUAAAGAUAUUUUAAGAGAAAAACGUUCAGAUUUGUUUUUUUUUCGCAUAGAUUAAUCUUGAUUUUGCGGUUGUUUUAUAUGUAUACUCAAGCAGUCAGUUUUUUAUACAUAAAUACAUAUUUUGUUGAGAUUAUUA